AUGCCCCAUCUCCACUUGGGAUAUGGUGGACGAGGACGUCCACCACCAGGAGGCAGAGGAGGGGCAAGGGGAGGAUUCCAGCCGCGCGGCGGUGGUCGAGGCGGAUUUGUUGGGAACGGUGGCACCCAGCAGGGCAAUAACAGCAACGCUGGCCCUGCUACGACUGUCGGGCUUCCACAACAGGGCAAUGCAGGCCCUGUUGCGCAGGCGCCGGUCAGACAUAUCUGUCUGACUUGUGGCCUUCGCGGCCACUUGUGGUGGGAUGGAACCUGUGCGGGGCCUUGCUUCCACUGUCCUAGCGCGCCCUACGGGCACGGUUUGGAAAGGUGUCCGAUUGCGGAGACCCUUGGCGGUGUAUACCCUGCCAAGGUGGAGGUGCGGGUGCCAGAGAAUCACGCGGCACAGAUGGAAGAGCUGAGGACGCAGCAUGCGUUGGCGUUAGUGAAGGAGGUCGCAGUCGAGGAGAGCAGGCUGGCGAUGCUGUUGUGGAUCAAGAGUGCGGCAGAGAGGGCAGGCUUGGGGCCUGCUGCACCAGAGGUGCCAUCUGCGAGGAGCCAGCCCGAGAUGGGCUCGGCUGCCAUGCACUCGGUGGUCGCGCCGACGGGUCGAAAGAUUGCGCCUCUUCCGAAGCGGAAGGGUAUGCCUUGUGAGUCUACGGCGACGGACGAGCCGGGCAGGGCUCACAGGGCAAGGAGAGGAGGGGGAUGA